AUGGAGAAUGAACACAGAAUGACUCUGCUGGGUUUAAUACUUGUUUUGGUGACUCUGUUUGAAGGUAAGCUGACCUUCUUUAAAUAUUGGUCAAAAUUUUACUGAAGGGGAUACUUGUGAGAAACUGGUGAGAAAAACUGCUGCCAGAAACACUACUCUCCUGCCUCUUGGCUUUAAAAUUGAACCCUCAGUUAUGUCAGCUGGGACUCGAACUCUAUCAAAGUGGAUUUUUAGCACAGAAGAGUCGGAUUGAAAACACCCACAUGAAGAAACAUUAACACAUCAGAUUGGUCUUUAAUCCUUUGGUGGUUUUUAGAAAUUCCUCAAACUUGAUUAACUUUAUUCUCUUUUAUUUUUCAGUCUUUAGAUUUAUCUUCAAACAAAAUCCAGGGAAAUAAAUUAUGUUGACAUAUAACAUAUUAGAAGACUUAAAACUGGUUAUUUUAACUUCACAUUUCUGCUCCAGACUGUAGAACACUUCCUAAAAAUAAAUUACAUAACAUAACAGAAAAAGUCGGAUGAGCUGAGAUUUUGCCACAUGACAGAGCUGUUAUUACCGCUGACAAACCCGUCAUAAUCUGGCCCCUAAUCUUAAAGCUGUUUCUUUACUUCAACAAAAAAAACAGUCCAAAUGAUGUCAGAACUGUACUUGCUCUUCAAUCACAUUGAGAUUAUUAACUCAUGCUAAAAUGUGACAAAUUUUAAUGUCAAUUUAACUCAAGUUUUUCUCAACUUUAUAAUUUAACAAGGUUUGAUAGCUUUCUCCAGAGAUAACCUGAAAUGAAGCUGUUAGAAACGCAGCUCUCUUGCUUUUACACCAAUUGUUGUGUGAUGGCUCUGUUAUUACAGAAAGAUGUACAGCUGAAUGAGACAGACUUGAGUUUAAAAGAGUAAAAUAGUGAUGAACCCACGAUGAAACAGCACGGCGGAAAAAAAAGAAAUCCUGGCACACAGGGUCAGAAAAAGGUUUACAUUCCAGUCAGCAAAUGUUUGUCAGCGGACGUCCUGACAUUACCUACUUGUUGCAUGGUGUAAUAUCUCUGUCUGAUAUGUAACUGAACUGUACAAACAAAACAACAACAACUAUAACAAAAAUUGGCACCUGUAUCGGUGAUAUAGUGCUUCGAAAGCAACAUUUUUACAAUGGUAGCAAUUCAAACAGUCUCAGCUGAUGACUGUCCAACAAGAGUGUGGUUCUGCUCAAGGUUUCUGCCUGAGUCUUUGUCCAUAAGACGAGACACAGUCUCUUCUUAUUUUGACAUUGGGUCUUUUUAAGUUAUGAAACGUACUUUUUUUUUAAAGCAUCUGGAAGUAUAGAUAAUGACUGAUUAAUUGAUUGCUGCAGGUGACACAGUUCAAGGCUGGUGAUUGUGUAUGAAGGGAAAAAACAAAAAAAGCACAUUUUUGAAGAUCACAGACUCAAAAUGAACUCUGGGUCAUCAAGAAACAGGACAAAAGGAGGAGUCCAGGCCUUGCUACCUACAUGCCCUUACUAUAUACAUUUAUUAUUCAUAACAUUUAGCUUUACUGAAGUAAAAACUACCAAGUUUUAAUUGCUUUACUUUCCACACAGUUUCCACAAACAAAGACUGAGGAAUGGAGACUCAAACUGAAGCUAAAUGCAUGUUUUUUUUUUCUGCUGCUUGGCCUUCAAGCACUUUCCUUUUUGCUUCGGCAGCCCAGUGGACGUUCAAGGAACUGCAGUUUUCUGUGCUCCCACAUAACCAUGAGUUUUCAACACUAGAUGUUGCUCCUUUGCCAAACUAAGAACUGACAGUGAUUUGUAUUAUAUUUUAAGAAUAACGUUAUUGUCAAAGGUAUGUUUGCCGUGCUCUUAUAUUCAGUUCCUCUUUUCUUUGCAGUGGGCAGCAGUCAAGAACAAAUCCAUCGUUUCUACCAGCCUGGACAGGAUGUGAUCCUACCCUGUGGUCCUUAUUCAUCUCGUGGACCUCAGUGCUCAAACAUCAGAUGGCUUUACAACAGAGAUUCAUCAGAAACUAAAAAUGUGGUCAGCAAUGGUAAAGUUGACCGGAGGUCACAGCGAGCUGCUCAGCUGAGUGUGAACACUGACUGCUCUUUAGUCAUUAGACAGACCACUGCUGGGGAUGUUGGUUUCUUUACAUGUCGGCCAUAUGAUAAUGAUGAUCGUUAUGAUGUACGUGUGUAUCUCAGCCAUCUGAACAGUAAGUCUCAUAUUUACUGUCAUCAAAUUUGUGCUCUGAGUCACAGACUUCAUUUCCUCUCUCACUGCAGUUUGAGACCAAACAUGAGGACCUCUCUCAGUUUUAACCCACAUUAUGGUCUUAAAAUCAAGUGACAAACUUGCAGCAGAUGUCAAACUUUUCUAUAAACUCUGGUAUUUUCUUCACUUUUCUUUUCAGUCUCUUCUUUUGGUCAAACGAGGGAUGAUGAAGUUACGUUAGAGUGCUCUCUACUGAGGUAUGAACGUCUCCCAGAGUGUCGACCAAACCCUCUGCGCUGGGUGGACGGUACAGGAACAGAGCUGAGGGAAGGUGUCUCAAAGCUGAACAACGGAACCAACUGUUUUUACCGCCUGACUGUGAAGCGUCAGAGCGGCAACAACAGGAGAUAUGCCUGUCAGUAUGUUAACAAGGAAAACCAUGUGGCGAUACAGGCCGAGUACACACCUGUCUUCACAGGUAGGACCACUUCAGGUCAGUGACCAACAACACAUGUAUGCAUGUUUAUCCUUUAAGUUGACUCGAAUCCAUGAAAUAGUCAUUGGAUAAUUAAUGUCAAGAAACAAAUGGAAAAAAUAUGCUAUUAUUAAAAUAAAGUCCUCUGACCACAGACCCUGGUUCCGGAACUAUACCUAGGACCACUUCAGGUCAGUGAAAGUCUAAUUUAAAAAAAGAUAUAAUGACUAAAUUUGACCUUAAACAUUCAAACAACAACACAUGACCACAUGUAAACUACCUUUAGAGUGUUUCAAACUCACCUUUCAGACUAAUGUUGAUUUGUUUUUCUGUUAAAAAGACAGAACUUUGAUAUUUAUUAUUCAAAACCACAUCCAUUUUUAUGAUGUUUCCAUAUGCAAAAACAAAAACAAAAAAAAAAAAAACAACAACUUCAUAAGUCUUCUUCCUCCUUCCUAAUAGGUACAUUUACCACCCAGGAACAAACCUUCGCCACACCAGGCAAACCGAUUUCAUCCACAGGGGGAACCAAAGUCAACACAUGGGGCUCUAUUUUGGUGCCUCGCCGGAGACGUGCCGCAAGUGCAGCGUCAGUCAGAUCCGCCGCGCUGACAAGGCGUUCCCAAGCACAUUUUGGUAUUUUGGUGAGCCGCGCAGCCCGGCGUAAGUAUCCCCCCUCCCUAACUCAGCUCCUCCCAGCACCAUAAGUCGUAACGGGGAGGAGAAAGGGCGUGAAGUCGGUUUAACACAGCCGAGACCUGUUUUCACCAAUCACAUAGGCUCCUCUCCUUGCCUUUAAAUCCGCCAAAGGCGAGGCGUAUUACUAUUUUCAUGAAGUAGUCAAAGAGAUCAAGAGAUGUCUUAAGACAGUAAUGCCACAAGAUGGCGACAGAGGGCAGCUCCUCAACAAGUGUCCUCCACACUCUCUCAUAUGAGCACAGAUGGAUUUAGUGUGCGUAAUGUUGGACCCACUGGUAAGACAAACACCCUUUUCCACAAAUAAAGACACUCACAUAAAGUUGCUCAUAUUCAAACCUCACGUAACAAAGGUGGGUUGUGCGCACAGAUCACAACAUAAACUCCAAAAAUGGCAUUAAAAUCGGAACCAUCUGUGCGUAAAUGACGCAUCGCGCUCCGUGGCCUGGCUCUUUCUUUCAUAGAUGUUGGCAUAUAAAAUAAAUUUGGCUCACAAAACUGAAUAUUAUAAUAUCCGUAUGUCGGCUUAAAGUAGAUAACGCAUCUGAGCACUGAAACAAAUCAUCUGUUCAGCUGCAGCAGCAGCAAGACGGACAGAGGACACGGAGGCGUGUCCAGGUCGAGCUGUGCGAGAAAUAAGAGGAAGAGGAAGAAAGAAAAGGAGGGAGACGAAUUACAUAUCUAGUUAACUUCAUCAUGUGUGUUUAUUUACUAGAUAUUUAAUUUAAUUUUAUGCGGUUUCAGCUGUGUUGAUUCGGUCAGGUUGUGUGUCCAAACGCGUGCCAAACGCGCUCAUCAGAUCACAUAUAGAUCAGAAUAUAUCGAUAUAGAUCUAAAUGUAUGUGCUGACUCAGAUUAAUAGUUGAUGAUGAUUAUUUAUUGCACUGAAAUGUGCCUGACACUGUGGAAACCUGCCGGUGAGGCAUCAGUGACGUAUGUCGAUACGCCGCCGGUCUACCAAAAUACUACCAGACCAGCUGCGUUCCGCCUUGCGCUGAAAGCUGACCAGGUUUGAAUCGGCGAGCUUUCAGCGCACUUUACACGCCGUUGGCGAGCACGAAAAUGUCACUGCGCCAGCUGAUUCUGUCGACACCUCCCCCUGCCACACCACCACGCCCAGCUUGGCGGAUCUCCGCUCGCCUCCGUGCGGCUCAUGCCACGAAAAUACCAAAUUGGCCUUACGCUGGGCUCCGCCAGACGAAAAUACAACUGCGCGGGGCUCGCCGCCCUCCGCCGCCUCACCGGCGCGAACGAAAAUAGAGCCCAUGAACUACAUUUUCAGAAGCUGCUUUGAACUUGUUGUAAUAAUUAUAUUGACAUUUUCAAGAACUUUUUGUGAAGUUAAAGUUUUGUUGUUUCUUUUUAGCCCCAGCUUCAACAGAUUCCUCUGAGUGGUGUCCUCUGAGCUACAUCAUGCUGACUCUGAGAGUGUUAGAGCUGAUCUGUAUAAGCAUAAUCACUGUUAAGGUGUACAGACUGAAAGGUGAGAAAAAAACACCAUCCUUUAAUAGAACUAGAUCAUCUAAAUCAGAUGUGGCACAUGUGAGACACUUUUGAUCAUUUUCUCCUCAGGGAGCAUCAAACCGCUGAGGAAGGACAGCAGUGUGAGUGUAAUGUACCAGCUCAUGGAGUGACUUUGCUUCUGCUGUGAACUUAGACCCGACAGCGGUCGCUCUUUAAACUCUUCUUUUCUGUUUUUUACAGGAGCAUGACGUCAUUGAAUUAAACUAUGAAAACAUAGAAGAACGUCCGUCUGCUGCUGCUCGACACUGA